AUCUAUCUCUUUCCUCUGCUCUGUUACAACCUUCUCCGCGCGAAGCAGUUCACAGGAAAUCAACAACAAAACAAUCCAUGACUGGAGUAAGUCUGAUGGAUAACCACCCUCUCCUCAUGAUGACCAAAAGCUAACGAGUGCCUAACAAAAAUUCCAGUACCAAGGCUACGAAAUGGAGUCCCCGCUCCUCCAAAACCCGGAGCCGCACGGCCAUGCCCCCGGCGGCCAGGGACAUAGAGGCCACCAAGCGCUCUCGUUAAACUCUUUCCUGAAUGAAGUCACCGACAUCCGCGGUCUCCUGUCGACGUUCAGGCAAGCCGUGCUGAACAUCGGCUCCCUGCACAACCAGACUCUACAAUCCUAUGACAAUGGCGCUACCUCUGGCUCAACACAGCAGCUGGAAUCGCUGGUCGCGGAGACAUCGGUGCAGACGAAACAGCUGAGGGAUAGCAUCAAGUCCCUUGAGCGGGACGCUCUCAUAGCGGAUGACUAUGCCACGCAGAAUACAAAGAGGCAACAUAUUGAUAAGUUGAAGGGUGACUUUGAUAAGGAGUUGAGGGCGUAUCAGCAGGUAGGCUAUAUAUAUAUAUUUUCCAUCCGAUGAAACUUGAUUGGAUUAAUCAAUCAUGGUAAUCAAUGCUAAUGACGGACGGAUGGAUCGUGGGAGGGAUAGACGGAGAAUUCAUUCAAGACUAGAUACCGGGACCAAAUGGCCCGGCAGUACCGCAUCGUAAACCCCGAGGCAACGGAAGCAGACGUAGAACGCAUGGUAGAAAGCGGAGAAACUCAAGUCUUUUCACAAGCAGUAAAUCUACCCCUCCCCCGCCCACAUCACUUGCUAAAAAAGCCACUUUAGCUCCUCUCCAGCGGCCGCAGCCGCGAAGCCCAUUCCGUCAACGCGGCGGUCCGUGCCCGCCAAGCCGAAAUCCAACGCAUCGAGACAACACUAAUAGAGCUCCUUGGCCUCUUCGAGCAAAUGGCGGAACAAGUCGUCCUGGACGAACCAAAGAUAAUGCACAUCGAGGAGAACUCCACUAAAGUCGAACGGGACAUGGAGCACGCGACGGUCCAUAUAGGCAAAGCCGUUGUGAGUGCCCGCGGCGCGAGGAAGAAGAAGUGGAUCUGUCUGGGUAUUGGCGUUGGCAUUGUCGUGGUUAUCGCGAUUAUCAUUACCGUUGUAGUGGUUAUCCGAAAUUCUGGGAACAAUAAGGAUAACAAUCAAGAUCCGAAGCCUUCGGGGUCUUAGGGAGCGCAGAGGUGCGAUGAGGGGGUUUCUUUUGUUUGGGUGGGUGGAUGUAUAAUGAUUUCUCUCCACGUCUCUUUUUUUUCUUUUUUCCCUACACCCGAUGGGAACUUUUCGGUAUCAAUUCUCGCUUAGCGGUUUGGAUUUGCUGGGGGAUGUGAGUUUUCCCCACUAGAAUAAAGCACAAUUAGGACUAGGAAAACCUCAACCACCCCGAACAUAUCCAUCUAUAUGUACCUAUCUGGUGGCAGGUGACGGCUACUCUGGCGAGAAUGACAAGCAUUCUUUAGUAGCUUGUUCUCUGUCAAACAGGAAUCCAAAAAUUUUACGAAUAU